AUGGGCAAACCGCGAGUGCUGUACUGGUUUCGUACCGACCUCCGCCUUCAUGACUCCCCAGCAUUUAAAGCGGCUCUCGACCUGAAGCCGGAAGUGCUCUAUCCCAUCUGGUGCUGGGACAGCCAUUACGUCUACCACUCUCGAGUCGGACCCAAUCGCUUCCAGUUCCUAAUCGACUGUCAGAACGACCUGUCCCAGAGUAUCACGAAGCUCAAUAAGAAGAGCAAACUGUUCGUGCUCCGCGAACCAGCUGUCACGCUGCUGCCAAAGCUGUUCAAGGCGUGGAAGAUCUCGCACCUGGUCUUCGAGAAAGACACCGAUGCGUACGGGCGGCAGAGAGAUGCGCAGGUUAUGGAGCAGGCGAAAAAGGCGGGCGUGGAGGUGAUUGUCAAGUCCGGGAGGACACUGUGGGAUAGUGAUGAGGUUGUCAAGGCAAACAAUGGCAAGCCCACCAUGAGUAUAGGCCAGCUGCAGGCAGCUGGCGCAAAGGUGGGAGACGUGGCGGCCCCGAUUGAUACUCCGAAGAGCUUACCCGAUCCUGGAGAGACCAGCCUGGACAUUGAGCAGACAAAGCCUAACGCCGGCUCAGACAUGAACGAGCAGUUCCGCGAUGGCGAAGAAAGCUCGUACGCCUCUGGCAUCGCAGGUCCCAAAAAUGACUUCGCCGUACCCAGUCUAGAAGAGCUCGGCAUGAAGCCAGCGACCACACCUCACAAGGGUGGUGAGAGCGUUGUCCUGGAUAUGCUCGAUGGAUUACUCGCCGAUGAAGAGUACACCGGCACAUUCGAGAAGCCGAAGACCUCACCAGCAGCCUUCGAGCCGCAAUCGACCUGCCUCACCUCUCCCUAUCUCCACUUCGGUGCCCUUAGCUGCCGCCACUUCUACCAUAACGUCCUGCGGGUUGUUGAGGAGCGACGUAAAGCAAAGAAGCCCGUUUCCGAGCCACCGACCAGCUUGACAGGCCAACUGCUCUUCCGCGACAUGUACUUUGCUGCACAAGCCGUGUUGAGUUACAGUUUCGGACAGACGUACAACAACUCCCACUGCCGCUUCAUCCCUUGGCAUCUCCCGAGCAAGGUUGAUGUGAACACCCAGCUCAUCACGGGUGGGUACGAAGUUGACGACGAGGAGAAGGUCAAGUGGCUGGAAAGAUGGGCACAUGGUAAGACUGGUUUUCCCUGGAUCGACGCCAUUAUGCGUCAACUUCGCUCCGAAGGCUGGAUCCACCAUCUGGCGCGACACUCCGUGGCUUGCUUUCUGACGCGCGGUGGAGCAUACAUCAGCUGGGAGCGCGGAGCAGAAGUGUUUGAGGAACUGCUGAUAGACCAUGAGGCGGCUUGCAAUAUCGGGAACUGGCAAUGGCUGAGCUGUACCGCCUUCUUCAGUCAGUUCUAUCGGUGUUACAGCCCGAUUGCGUUUGGAAAGAAGUGGGAUCCGGAGGGUAAUUAUGUUCGCAAGUUCGUGCCGGAGCUGGAAAACAUGCCGAAGAAGUAUAUCUACGAGCCGCACAAAGCUCCUAUCCAGGACCAAAAGAAGGCGGGUGUGUUCGUUGCAGGAGAUGGACAGGAGACCGAGAAAGAUGGACUGGCUGUGUAUCCCAAACCCAUGUUCGACUUCCCAACUCAACGCGAUAUCUGCUUGGACGGAAUGAAAAACGCUUAUGCGGUCGGAUUGUACGGAAAUGAUCCAAAGGUGCUCGAUGGGACGUGGAAGCAGGCUUUCGCAGAUAACGCUGAGGGGCCUACGGAGGGGAAGCAGGGCGGGCCUGGCGGAAUGAUGACGUUUGAGGAUGCUGAUGGGACGGAGGAAACGCAUGCGUCGCCACAGAAAAGGGGGGCGAAGAAGCAAGACGGAGGCUCGCCGGCGAAGACGGGUGAGAAGCGGGAGCGAAGCCAGAGCACACUCGAUGGUGCAUUCAAGAAGAAGGCGAAGUGA